CUUUGCAAAAAAAAAGGGGGGGGGGCGCAAUUCGCAGACUUGGUGCGGUUGUGGCUCUUUGGGCGAAGCGGAGUUGUGCCAAGCAGGAGGCGCCAGGGAGUUGGAGAGCUUGGAGAUGCGUGCGCUCCGCGGGACGCAGAGAGGCCAGCCGGGCGCGGCGGACUCGGCGACGGAUCCCAUCCUCCGCGCCGGCCUCUGAACUCUCUUUCUCUCUCUUCUCUCCUCCCCGCUCCCCUGUCCUCGCCUUGCAAAGGACAAACCGCCGCAGGGGAAGAAGCGAUCGCCUACGCCUUCUCCGGAGCGCGCCUGCCCCUCCGCGGACUCCUUGGCUCUGCUUUUUCCCCCCAUGGCUCCUCCGCCUUUCCAGCUAAGGGGUCCGAGGAGAAAGGAGCCCCCCAAGUGAAGGGCCCCCGCCGUCCGGCUGUCCUCCGAUGCCCGGCUCCCCAACGGCUCCCCCAGCAUCCGUCUCUCUCUCUGGCCGGAGGCGAUGAGCGCAGACUUGGACCGUCUGUCGGUGGGUUCGCGCGCCUCCAGCGCUUCUUCCUCGCCUUCCUUCGACGGUGCGGGCAAGGGGGCCGCGGGACAGGCCGGGUUGAGGAGCGGGGGCGCCGGAUCCGGCCUCCGGCUUCUGUCGGCCAACGUGCGGAAGCUCCACGGGGCCCUCAACCUGCUGCUGUGCGAAGGCGAGCGGGAGCAGUUCAUCCAUUGCCUUAACGUCUAUCACUGUCGGCGGAAUGUCUACGACUUGGUGCAGACGCUCAAAGUCUUGUUGGACGGUCCGGAGAAGAGGCAGCUGCUGCCCAUGUUGCGCCUGGUCAUCCCUCGCUCCGACCAGCUCCUCUUCGACCAGUAUACCUCGGAGGGGCUUUACUUAAAGGCGGACUUCUUGCCCACCGCCGGGGCAAGGUACGAUGGGGCUGGGUCUACCAGAGUCCUCCCUCCGGCCGGCGCUGCUUCCUCCGCCCGCUUUCCCUCUCCCACCCCGGCUGCUCCUCGUCUCUGGCCUCCUUCCUUAUCCUCCUCCGGCAAGUUCCGGCAAGAAUUCAGCACCUCCCCGGACGGGACAGCUCCCGGAGACUCUGCGGUUGGCUUGGAGGACCUGCCAGGAGAAAUCAGGCAGGUGAAUCUCAAGAGGCAGAAGGCUCAAGAAGGGUUGGGUUUCAGCAUCCGAGGGGGCUUCGAGCACGGCGUUGGCAUCUACGUCUCCCUGGUGGAGCCGGGCUCCUUGGCGGAUAAAGAGGGCCUUCGGGUGGGAGACCGGAUCCUGAAGGUCAACGACAAGCCGCUGGACAAGGUGACCCACGCUGAAGCCGUCAAGGCGCUCAAGGGCUCCAAGAAGCUGAACCUGACUGUCCAUUCGGUGGGUCGCAUCCCCGGCGGCUACAGAACCAACCACAUCUACACCUGGGUGGACCCUCAAGGCCGGAGGGUCUCUCCCCCGGUCGGCCUGAUUCAGCAUCAGAGCAGCUCUUUGUGCAAAGAGAGUGAGAAAAGGAGCCACCUUCAACUUCUGCAGGAAGGGGAUGAGAAAAAGGUGAACCUUGUGUUGGAUGAAGGGAGAUCUCUGGGUCUCAUGAUUCGAGGGGGAUCUGAAUACGCCCUCGGGAUUUACAUCACGGGGGUGGACAAGGAUUCGGAAGCAGAAAACACUGGCUUGAAAGUUGGAGACCAGAUUCUGGAGGUGAAUGGACGAAGCUUCCUCAGCAUUUCCCACGACGAGGCCGUGAACCUCCUGAAGUCCUCCCGUCAUCUCAUCAUGACCAUCAAGGACGUGGGAAGGCUACCUCGCCGGGCCACUGUGGAUGAGACCAAGUGGAUCACCAGCUCUCAGAUUGGAGAGACGAUGGUCAAUUCGGCAGGGGCCUCUGAUGAUCCCAUGGGGGAGACGACACCAAAGCCAUCUUUUUAUAAAGGUCUUACGGGAUCUCAAGUAACGUUGAGUAGCCUGGUGAACCAAAACCGAGUGAUGCUGGAGGAGCACGCACGCCACCUCCUGAAUGAACCUGAAAGGACCACCAUGGGCUACUACCUGGAUGAAUAUAAAGAGAAGAACAUCUCGAUUGAUUCCCUCAUCAUGGCUCUUUUUGAAUUGCUCAACACCCAUGCCAAGUUCUCCCUCCUGUCGGAGGUCAGAGGGGUGAUAUCUCCACAAGACCUGGACCACUUUGAUCAUCUGGUUCUGAAGAGGGAAAUAGAAUUCAUGAAGGCCCGGCAGCCCUCCGGGACAGGAACAGAUUGUUACUCCACAACGUCCUACAGUGAUUCCGCCUCGUGUACCGAAAGCCAUUUUACGUCCACCACAGCUAGUUCAGCUCGGGAGAGGCUCCUGUGGCUGAUUGAUUUGAUGGAGAAUUCUUCCGAUGGCGGUAGGAGUGGAAGCCAAAACAGGAUCAAUGCCUUACCUGACAUCUCCCUGGACGAUGUCUCCUCUUUCUAUGAAGAACUUCCAGCUUUUAGGCCCUCCCCUCCUGCUCCGUCCUCUCAAUCGCGGGCAGAUCCUUCAGACCAAGCACACAAACCCAGUUCGGGAUCUUCUGAAUCUUCCCAGUCGGGGCUGUUCUUCAUGGCUCCUCAAAGCCCCAUGCCAUCUUCCAGCCUCUCCGAGAAGGACACCCACAGCCUGGCCUCCAACUCCACCACUGGCUCUUCCAUGGAGGACUCGGCCUCCAGCUCCAUCUACGCGUCCAUCUCUCCGGCGACUCGCAUUUCGAGGAAGCCCACGGAGGCCCGAUUGUUGACGCUCAACCAGCACCCCAUGCUACCUUUCCCUCGGAUCCAGUCGCCCUCCCGGUUAAAACAGCCUUCCCCUGAGGCGGCUGGCACGGCCCCAAGCUCCCCUACCCAUCUACCCCUUCCCGCCCACCGGCUGCUUUCCCUCCCGGCGAGAAAAGCAAUUUUGAAGUGGGGAAUACUCAGCACUUUAUCAUGGUUGAAGUUCAUCGGCCAAAUAGAACCAGAUGUGAAUGAAGUCAAGCCAUUGCCUCAAGCUAGAGCCUCCACGCUCUCCCAGCUCUCGGACAGCGGGCAGACGCUGAGCGAAGACAGCGGCGUUGAUCUGGGAGAAGCGGAGCUGAGCACCAGCAGAGAGAGGAGUCAGCGGCUGCAGGGCCUGCCACCAGCACGAAGUCCCCAGGGAGUCCCCAGAGUGGGCAGAGCGGUAGAGGCAGGACCCAAACCGCCAGGACUCCUGGAGCCAACUUCCCAUCUAAUCCGUGUGUCGAAGAGCGCCCCGACCUUGGGCAUCGCCAGAGGGGGUGCAAACACGCGACAGCCCCUGCCCAGGAUUGUCACCAUCCAGAAGGGCGGUUCUGCUCACAACUGCGGCCAGUUGAAGGUGGGCCAAGUAAUCCUGGAAAUCAAUGGCACGGCCCUCUGCGGGAAGGAGCACCGCGAAGCUGCUCGUAUUAUUGCCGAGGCUUUCAAGACGAAAGAGAAGGAUUACAUCGAUUUCCUCGUCACAGAAUUUAACGUUGCACUUUAGGGGUCUGGAAGACCCCAAAGCCAAAAGACCAAGAGAUGGGAGGAAAGAAUAGGGUUACGAGAUGUCCGAUGUGCCCAGUUGCGUGCACGCUGUCAGGAUUCCGACGGAUGCCUCGAGCCAAGCUUCAAAAGAAAUCCAGUUAUUUAUUAGGAGCUUCAUGUCGGAACGUUUCAGGUGAAGCCAACUCCGGCCCCACGUAAUUUACGUCCCAAUCAUGACCCUGUUUCCCCCCCUCUCCCAAGGUGUGUCAUCAAUCACAUUCGCCAAUGGAGCAAUUUUGCGGAUUGUAGAGAUCAUUCCCCUCCGGCUGCUUUAGGUAACUCUGGGCAACAGCCUUGAGAAAGAUAUGUCUGGAAUGUGCUCCUGUCUUUGGCUGCUUCGUCGGUUUCAUAUCCCCCUUGCCUAUGGCAACUCGAGAGCAGGCCAGGGAUGCUUUGCGAGUUGACACACACCUGUACACCCAGGUAGAGCCUAGACAGGAUUUCCCACCGAGCAAAUGUAGGGUUGGAUUGACCUCUCCUCAACAUAAUUUCUCUCUGCUAACGGCUCCCCAAUCUUGAUAGACUUUGAGAAGCCCAUCAUCCUUCUUCCCAGCGACCAUCCUUAACUGGUUCGUAAACCACCAGCUAGCUCACCUGUCUCUACUCCUCUGCCUCCGUCUUCGAAUAACCUGGCAAGGCACCUGUCUGAAAAUAUCACUUGCUUCCUCUCGUAGCUCUUCCUACCUUCUUCCCCUUGUAUCUUACGGGAACAUCUUACAAUCAUGGCAGGUCCCAGUUUGGGCAGGAGAAGAUCCGGGCACCAUCAGAGGGAAGUAAAACCAUCCGUGGAUUCUGAUUCCGAUGUUUUCGGAUUUCGUCCCAGUUGAUUGACGCCUCUGCAGUGACCUUCUCCGGAUUCCGCCUUGUCGUCGGUCCCUAGCCAAUAAUAAUGGGGGGGAACCCUUCAAGAUUUCACUAUAUGUACAUAAAAGAGAGACUGUGGUUUAAUUUUUCAAUAAACGUGUUAGAAAAAAGAA